AUGAUAAAGGAUCAGAGUGCAUCAGAAGGAGAAGAAAUGGGAAGAAGAGCGGCUGCGAUCCGGGCCCUUAGCUUAGUCUUUUCGUUGACCGCCUCCGGGUUGUAUUGGUUACAGAAGGUAUUAAGAGUCCCAGGGCACAGCCUAAGAUGCUUCCUCUCCAGAAUGGGUCUCUUCUCCAAACUGGGGCUGCUCCCCUGGUAUGCCAGAAAACCUCCAGGUUGGUCACAGCUCUUUCUGGGCUCAGCAUGUAAAGAAAACUUCACCCAGGUGAUAGCCAAGAAACGUCAAAGAGGACAGGAAAGUCAGAAGAAACUAAGACAUCUUGGACCACUAGAUGGUUUCUGGCAGGAAAGGCUGGUUGAUGUUGUGACACCACUCUGGAGGCUGAGCUAUGAAGAACAGCUCAAGGUGAAAUUUGAAGCUCAGAAGAAAAUUUUUCAGAGACUAGAUAAUUACCUUCAAGGGCUUAAUGGAGUCAAUAUGACAACAACUGGACUCAGUUCCAAGGGGCUCUGUUUUCUCCAUCCUAUUAUACCUACUCUUGUCAUUGAUGGCUACUGAAAUAAGUCCACCUUCUCUGACAAUCCAAAGACUGUGGGGUACUACCUAGGAACUUGGAGAGACAGGGACGUAGUCUGUGUACAGUCUAACCAUCUGAAAAACAUCCCUGAGAAACACAAUCAAGUGGCACAGUACUAUGAAGUAUUCCUUUGACAGUCCCCAUUGGAGCCCUGCCUUCUGUUUCACGAAGGUGGGUACUGGCGUGAGCUCACAGUCCAAACCAAUAGCCAAGGGCACACAAUGGCCAUCAUCAUUUUUCAUUCCCAGGAAUUAACGCAGGAGGAGCUCUCUGUUCAGAAGGAAGCUGUAAAGGAGUUUUUCACCAAAGGGCCAGGAGCAGUCUGUGACUUAACAUCACUUUACUUCCAGGAUAGCACAAUGACCCAUUGCAGCCAUCAGCAGUCCCCCUACCAGCUCCUCUUUGGAGACCCCUGCAUCUUUGAAGAUCUCCUAGGCUUGAAGAUCUGCAUGUCUCCGGAUGCCUUUUUCCAGGUCAACACUGCUGAUGCAGAGAUGCUGUAUUGAACUGUGGGCGAGCUGAGUGGAGUGAACUCUAACACUGUCCUCCUUGACGUCUGCUGUGGAACAGGUGUGAUCGGCCUCUCUCUGGCCCAGUAUACCUCCUCCGUCCUUGAGAUUGAGUUGGUGGAGCAGGCAGUAGAGGAUGCCUGGUGGACAGCAGCCUUCAAAGGCAUCACCAACUGUGAAUUCCACCCUGGUCAAGCAGAGAAGAUUUUGCCACAGCUACUAAAGUCAAAGGAAGAUGGGCAGUUGAUUGUUGCUGUGGUGAACCCAGCCCGGGCGGGACUGUACUACUAGGUGGUUCAAGCCAUUUGCAACUGUGGGGCCAUCCACACUCUAGUUUUUGUUUCCUGCAAGCCCCAUGGUGUAACCACAAGGAACAUCAUUGAGUUGUGCUGUCCUUCAAACUCCACUAAGAAGCUCCUCAGCAAGACUUUCAUCCUGAGACAAGCUGUGCCUGUGGAUCUGUUCCCCCACACCCCACACUGUGAACUGGAGCUUCUCUUCACUCCAUAAGCAGCCUCUUACAAGCC